CAGUGAGAUGAAGGAAAAAGAAAGAGUGCAAAUAAAUCAAUUGUGCCUUUGCUGAGGUUCGAAGGAAAGUGAAAAUUAUCAAGUUUAAGAGCAUUGUGAAGUUGGAAAAGUCCUUGAGUUAUACGGGAAAACGUGAAUAGUGGCUAAUCUGGAUGUUAUCAAUCAUGGAAGCAGCACCAGAACCAGUGAAUCAAGCGGAAACUGCAGCGAAAAUGAUUUCUUAGUUAGAGUACGCGCACAAGUUAUGGCCAGAGAUGAAAGUACUGAAGGUUGGUUACCACUGCAAGGCGGUGGUCUGGCAAACGUUUCGAUACGGAAACGUGCACGACUGCCACCGGACGGUGGCGGUCACGAAUACAUCAUAUAUGGACAAAGAAUAUCUGACCAAACAGUUAUACUAAGUUGUGUUAUUAAUAGAGAUUUGCAGUAUUUCAAAGUAAUGCCCACGUUCCAUCAUUGGCGAGCGGGCAAGCAGCGGAAUGGGCUCACCUUCCAAACUGCGGCCGAUGCGAGAGCUUUCGACAAGGGAAUCAUCCGUGCCUACGAUGACCUUAUUGAUGGUAUGGAUGAUUACACGACGCACAACAAAUACCACGAUGUCGAUAAAGUUGGAGAAGACGAGGUGUUUAUGACAUUGGAUCUACCAGUGGAACCUUCUGAGUCCCGAUCGAAUUCCGAAGGCAGUGGAAGUCACCAAAGCGUCGAUAAACAAUCACAGCAGCAGCAAUCGAGUAUUCAAUACAUAUCGAGCGAUAAACCAUCACCUCUGAUAAAGCCUGGUGAUGAAAAAGUUUCUCCCAUAGUACCUGGUGACAACUAUUCGUACGUUCAGAUUACUGACCCGGGAGACAUCAAGUUAAAAUACAACUUCUAUAACUUGAAGGUGCACGAGUACAACUAUCCGGUUGUCGACGAACCCGGCUCGAUAAUCGGCGGGCGACGAGAAUCGACAUCUAGUCUGAAGAAACGGAACGCUCUCGACGCGCCACCAAUGAAGGAGACCACGCUCAUCAAGACUCGAUUACGCUGCAGGUAUUGCCAAGAAUUCUACAAUGACGACCGCAACUACAAGGGCUCGUGCGAUUACGCACCGGACUGCUUCAGGACCACUAUCGAGAAUAUGUCCGGAAUGUUGUGCGCGCAGUGCAUGCUGUACCACUGUAUGAAGGACUCGGAAGGGGAGACGGCAUCCCAUCCGUGCUCGUGUUCGGCGGAAACAGGGUGCACCAAACGUUGGAUCGGUUUGGCGCUGCUAUCGCUUCUGGUGCCAUGUCUAUGGUGCUAUCCACCGCUGCGGGCGUGCCACUGGAUGUGCGUGUCGUGCCGGCUGUGCGGUGGGAAACAUAAACCACAAAUUUGACAUCCGAUCAAAAUCAUCAACCUGACAAGUAUUAAUCGGCUUGACUGAUAGUCAUUGAGCAAACAACCGUUUUGAAUAGCAAACUAGGAAACAAGGGAAAUCGUGCAACAUGUGCGCGUACAAUAUUGCUAACGAAUGAAAAUUAUAAUCGGCAUCGCGCGAAAAAAAGUAAAAGGAAAUACAGCCAAAGCGAUAGGCAAGUAGAACAAAACUGGAAGAAUCUAAAAAAACUAGCCUGAAAAUAAAUACAAAAAUCCCGGUACACAUAACUAAACAAUAAAUAAACAAGAAAAUGAUAUCGCUACAUGUAGAGUGAAAGUAAAAAAAAUCCAGUAAAACACAUACACAAACAUUCGUUGAUGUCUAUAAAUCUAUAGCUGAAACCAAAAAAAAAAGAAUCUAAAGAGAUUUAAAAAGUAUAAAACAAUUAGCGAAUUCAAAUCAAACAGCGCCAUAGAACAAAAGCGUUCGCGCUUUAAGGUCGACUCUCGUUCGGCGCCCGUAGAGACGUAUGACGUGGGAAAGGUGAAAUCAAAUCUUUAAUAAUAACACAACAAUCAGCAACGGAAGCAGAAACGUAAAAUGACAACUGUGCAGAACAACAAACAAGAGCGGCAGCAACAACAACAACAACACCGAAAAGAGCAAGAACGACAGUAGCAGCUAAGUAGUUUCGUAUGUCAUAAGAAAAAAAAAACUGUCGAAAAAGAUUGGACAACCAUAAAAUUUAUGGUUGGUGCUGAUAAGCGGUGGCGUGGAAGACAAAGAGAGUCUUAUGGCUAGAAUGCAAAAUGAAUAAUAUCUAUUCUGAUUUUGUUAUUGUAGCAGACAAAUGAACAAACAAAAGAAAAUGUGUGUGCUAUACUAAAACAAGGGAAGCAGUUAUUUUGUUUUACCAAGUUUUAUAUCAUUUUUCUCGAGGUAUUAUACUGCUUAGUUCAAAUAAUGUUUAGGUGAGAGAGGCGAACCGAUGUGUACAUUUUUAUAUUUGAUAGAAGUGGAAGUAGAUGGAUUUUUCUUUGUGAAUUAGUAGGAUAUAAGACCAGUUGUUUGAGAUUUUACUAUUUUGAGCAGCUUUAUUAGAGGAGUGAGAAUCGCUAGGAGGAAAUUCUAUCGUUCAACUAUAUAGGUAUAUGACUGUUCAAAUCGUUUCGAAAGUUCGAGGUAGAGAUGCAGCAUUAGUUCAACGUUUAAGAAUUUGUUGAGUAUUUACUAGUUUUAUCCAGUUUUGGUUUGCGAAUGAUAUGCAGCGGAUGAGAGAAAUUUAUGAAUAAGAAAUACAUAAACGCUAUAGUUAUGUAUUUAGAUAACUAACAGUGUAUAACAAGAACAGUACAUAAAACUGAGCGAAUUAAGAAGACGAAAUAUAUAUAAUAAGAUUUAUUAGCGCAUAAAUCUAACCAGUGGAGCAAGAAGUAUGUGAAUCCAGUUGACUUACCAAGUUUCCCAUACCUGGAUGCCGAGCUGUGCUCGACGAAUCAACUUUUUUCGAUCCGUGCUAUACUGAUUGCAUCCUGUCCAGUGAAUUGUACACUUCUGUAUCAGAAGAAACCGUUGAUUAGCAUAAGGCAUUCUGAGCAUUCGUAAAUCUCAACUUCUAAAACUUUUAUAUUAAAAAGGGGCAUUCCAUGAACCUCAAACCAUUCUGUGCCAUAUGUAUGCCUUCCUUGAUCAAAGGUUCUACAAUUCUAUAACAGUUGCCUUUGCUUUCGGUAUAGGGACAUUUCGAAUUUCAAUGGGAAACCUGGCCAUCUAAAGUCGAACGUUUCAAUCAUCAGUGGAGAAAUAAGUACAGUGUGUUAAUAAUUUAAUAAUUGUCAUCGGUCAGGUCCCGGAAGAUCUGAUUUUAUGUUCAAAAGGGGCACACAGUCAUGAAGUAACCAAAGGUCAGCGUGACAGUCGCAAUGGGCUCUGCGGUUGUCAAACAUGACCUUUGUCAAAUUAUCAUUGUCAUUGUUCAAUAAAUGAAUAAUAUAUUCUACAUUCAUGCAAAACCACUCACAAAAAUUUAUGUUCUAGCAUAAACACAAGUCUUAGAAAAUAUUUAAGACUAAAACGAUGAUCCAUAAAAUUAAAAAAAAAAAAUAUUCAAAACAGAAAUAAUACAUCAAUACGAAAACAAGGCAAAAAUAAAAACUACUACGAAAAUAUAAAUACUUAUGCAUGUAACUUGCAUUUGAGAAUAAUCUAGAAGCGACCCGCAAAUCGUACCAAAUGUAACUAUGUAAAAACAUUGAUUUCAUUUCGUUGGGACAUAGGUCUCAAAAACCUCUCUUAGUUCACACUAAUAAACCGCAGGAUAUUAUUUCCAUCGCCCUUCACAGAAGAGUUUGGAGUUUUCUACCACAGACAGGAACACUUAAACCAUUUAACAUUACAAUAUCUGAGAGAAUACAACAAAAUUUGAAGAAAACCCCUUAGAGACAACCUAA